AUGAGAGAAAGUAUCAUUGCCUUCUUGAUGAUCUGGAACAUUUUGCUAUCUCUCAUUGGUUUGAGUUGGAGAAAAUGGGUCUUCCAAAGACCGUUGGUUGGAAAACGGAGCAGGAUGCUUCAUUCCACCCUUGAGAAGUAUGACACCACUGGCACAGCAAUGAUACCUCUGAAGCCAUCCCUCACUUGGGAUGACAUAACCCAUCCUGACUUCCCAAGUGCAGUUGAACUAUUAUGGGGUCAUGAUGAUAUUCGGAGUUGUGAAUGGAUGCAGGAGCAUUUCUGUGCAGCAACCCAGGCAUGGGCAAGACUCCAAUGUGCAAAAGAAGAACUUGUUACCAUUGGAGUUGAAACCCACAGGAUACUGACUUCUAUGAGGGAUGAGGAACUACAGCUCAAGGUAACUAUCAAGGCUGUGGCUGCUAGCAACCCAACCCUUGCAUCAUAUAUCUUGAUGGCUUUCAAGUGGCAUGUCAAAGCAAAUGCCCACCUCUGCAAGAAAUUAUUGUGCCUCAAGUCCUGUCCGUAUUAUCUUUCCCCACAUGGAACUGGUACUUCUGCUUGCACUGAGUGGGUGCCUCCAAGCAACUCCGAUGUCAAUCAACAACUCAGCAUUGAACCCAAUUUGCCUUCUGGGAAUGAGACAGCUGACGAGGGAAACAGUGACAAUAUGGAUGAUGGGCUAUCUGAGGAAGAAGGUGAAGAGCAGUCACAAUGUGCCAUUGAUAAGCUUGUUGAUCUGUUAAACAGCACUGUAAUUACAUAG